AUGAGCCGCCGAUUGUUGCAUUCGCUGCAUUUGCUCUACCUGAGCAGCUGGCUGUGCCUGGUGCAGGGCGCACAGGUUUACAUGGAGUUGAAUGGCCAGAGCUACUCUUACAACACGGACGUUGCUGUGCAAACAAAUGAUCUGUCACCCAACUACGAGAUACCAGCUGCAUACCAGCAGCAGCAGCAACAACAACACCAACGCCAACAAUCCCAGCAAUGGCCAUAUGCCAGCACGCAAUCGUUAUCCCGGAAUGCCAAGUGGGGCUGGCUGCAGCCUGCAGCCGCACCUCCACCUCCACCAGCACCGACACCUCCACCAGCACCUCGGCAGCCACAGAAUUUUGAUUUUAGCACUCAACACAUGUCCCACAGCCAGCACACGGAUGACUCUGGCAUUGUGCUAGGCAAAUAUUCAUACUACGAUGAUGCAGGCUAUCACGAGCUGAGCUACAAGGCGGGCCCCGGCAUUGGAUUCGUCGUCAUGGGCGGCAAUUUGGCCAAGCCAACGGAACAAACAGCCAACAACUUGCAUGGCUAUUAA